UGCCGUCUUGUUCAGCACCAACCAACCACUGUCAGGCAGGCACCAGUGUGCCAAAUCGAGAAUGCAAUAAGUUCGUUCUUGGGAAGCGCUGGCUCCUAUUUAUCAACUGUUUCAUCACCCUUUUCUUUUCCAAAACCGGCAAGGGCUCGCUCGCUCCAAGAGCCCAAUGGCGAUCAGGAGCUCCUUCCAUGGCCUUCCUUCCACCGCCGCCGUCCCAAGAUUCAGCACAAGCAAAAGCAAGGUAACAACACUGAGGCUCAGCGCCACAGCGCACAGCAGCCACGAGCACUUCCCGUCCUCCAGCUCCGCAAGAUCCAUCAAGACGGUGUUUGAGGACCAGGUGAGAGGGGUGGUGUGCUACAGAGACGACAGCGGGGAGGUGAUCUGCGAAGGGUUCGACGAAGGGCCUCGCCUCGGGAUGCGGCUGCCGGAGAAGGCCUGCUUCCCAUGGCCCAUGGGAAUCCGGGUCACUGAUUUCAUCGAGCUGUCGACGCUUGGGGUCUUGGAAGACGAGGAUGCUCUGAAAUGAUACGAAGAUGGAGCCACCAUCAGCUAUCUGGAGGAGCUCUGUCGUGUGUGACAGCAACCACAUGAAUAAGAAUAAGAAGACGGAGCCGAUCGGAUCAGCUAUCUGGAGUUCAGCAAUAUUUACAUGAUGAUGAGUAUGAGCAUACAUCGACUUAGUCAAUAUACGAACGAGACGAAAUUCGUGUUGUUUUCUGAAGCAUCAGACCAAACUGUUCAUGUUCUUAUAUGACAACGUUCCUUAAUUAAUUACAGUCCCGAAGUAUACUUCACUCCAGU